AUGCUCCCCUUGACGUUCCUCCUCUCGAGCAUCACCCUCGCCCAGCUCUCAGCAGCUGAUGGUAGUCGUGACGCCCGGUACAUGCUGUGCACAGCGGAGUGCCGAUUCGAAUGCCAGCCUCCUGUGUAUGGACUCAUACAGCAUGGCAGCGUCGAUCCUCGGGAUCUUGUCAAGCAUGCUGGUGUUAUCAGUACGGUGCGGUCGGAGCCAGGUGUUUAUGCGUCUCCGAAUUUCUACGACAGACUUUAUCUCGCAUUCGAGGCAGCCUUGACCGACCUCACCAGGGGAGAUCAAUCCCGCCAAGCGGAUGCUGAUACGGCGGUCGACGCGUCUGGCUUUUCACUGGCAACUCCACAGCAGGAGUUGGGCAAAGUGCUCCGACUUACUGGUUGGAGCUGUGAAGAUAACUGUGAUUAUGAAUGCAUGCAUAUCAAUCAUAAACUCCGGGUUGAGAACGGCGAGCCUAUUGUAAAGUAUGGUGGUAAAUGGGCCUUCACUCGAGUCCUCGGUAUGCAGGAGCUCAUGUCGGUGGUGUCAUCCCUCCUUAAUGCCCUUCCUCAUGUCAUAUUUCUGUACCAGUGUUACGGGUCGAAGGCAGUCCCUAUAGGAAAGUAUCGUUUUGGUAGAGUAUGGACACUGUAUGCGUGUAUCGGCAUAAUUGUAUGGAUCGCCAGUGCAACCUUCCACACGCGUGACUGGCCUGCCACUGAGGCCUUCGACUACAUGUCAGCCCUCAUGGGAGUAUCAACGGCGUUGGUCACAGGUCUCGUCUACAACUUUGCCGGCGCAAAGGGGGAUAAGGAGCUUCGGGCGUGGCUUCCUGCAAUACCGGUGUACUUGUUCAUUAUAGCGCAUCAGUACUACAUGCUCUUUGUCGACUUCAACUAUGGUUGGAACAUGAAAGUCGCUUGUGCGGUUGGUGCUGUGAUGGUCAUCAGUUGGUGUUACUGGGCCUUCACUCACAGACGUCGGGGGAAGCACGUGAGGUGGAUCUACGUUGCGACCCUUGGUAUUGCUCCCUUGCUGUACGCUUUCGAACUCAACGACUUCCCGCCCUACUUUCUGCUACUGGAUGCGCAUGCGUGCUGGCAUUUCACGACGAUACCCCUCCAAUUCGUAUGGUACCACUUUGUUGAAGCCGACCUGAAGUGGGAAAUGCACCACAGAGUAUCCUCAAAAGACGAGAUCGAUACGGAAAUGGCCAAGUUGGAAGCCGGCGAAGAGCAUACGGCUUUGGCCCGGCGACGAGUUUGA